AUGUGGAGUUGGUCUCAAGAACAUGCACUUGGCCAAGUUCUUCUCUCACCGAUGGAGUCCUACAAGGAGCUCACUUGUGAGUUUUUGGCUUCAAUGAGGUACCACAUGUAUGAAGAGCUCGAUCGAGCUGAUUUGGACCAAGGAUUGGGAUGGAUCACGUUCUUGGCUAAGGGAGAGAAGAGAAUGGUGACCUUUAGGCAGCUGGAGAUCUUGUUUGGGUUCAACUAUGGAGAGGGUACCAAGUGGAACUUCAAGGAAAAGGAACUCCAAAGAGUUUGGGCUACAAUCGCUGAGGGAGUGUACUCUUCCUCAAGGUCCAAGGCUGCUCAGAUCAGGAGCCCAGUGCUUGAGGUAUGUGCACAAGGCACUUGCCAACACCUUCUUUGCAAGGAAGGCACCGGGACAAUCAAUGAGGGGGAAGCUCCUUGA